AUGUCAUGUAAUCCUGGUCAAUCCGAUAAACUUAAUGUUCAUCUAGUUCCACAUACUCACGAUGAUGUGGGAUGGUUGAAAACUGUCGAUCAAUAUUUUUAUGGGGCUCGAAAUAAUAUACAACAUGCUGGCGUGCAAUAUAUUCUUGAUUCUGUUAUACAAUCCUUAGUACAAAAUCCUGAACGACGAUUUAUUUAUGUUGAAAUGGCAUUUUUUUGGCGUUGGUGGAACCAACAGGCAUCCGAAAUGCAAGAAACAGUUAAAGAAUUGGUGAAUAAUGGACGUUUAGAGUUUAUAUCCGGUGGCUGGUGCAUGAAUGAUGAAGCAGCAACACAUUACAAUUCAAUUAUUGAUCAACAUAGUCUUGGCUUUGCAUUUCUAAAAAAUACAUUUGGUGAUUGUGCCAGACCAAAAAUUGGUUGGCAAAUUGAUCCAUUUGGCCAUUCUCGUGAACUGGCAUCAUUAUUUGCUCAAAUGGGUUUUGAUGGGUUAUUUUUUGGGCGAGCUGAUUAUGAAGACUAUAAACAACGUAAUAAAACAAAAACAAUGGAAAUGGUUUGGAAAGCAAGCGCUAAUCUUGAUCGUCAAUCAUGGUUAUUCACAGGUGUGUUACCAAAUGGCUACAAUCCACCCGACGGAUUUUGCUUUGAUUUAUUUUGUGAUGAGCAACCAAUUAUGGAUGAUCCACGUCUUCAUGAUUAUAAUGUUCCAAAUAAAGCAGUAGGUUUUGCAACAAAUCAUAUAAUAAUGACAAUGGGUAGUGAUUUUCAAUAUGAAAAUUCAAAUGAAUGGUUCAAAAAUUUAGAUAAAUUAAUACACUAUGUCAAUGAACAGCAAGUAAAUGGUAGCGAUGUUAAUGUUUUUUAUUCAACACCAUCAUGUUAUUUGUACGCAUUGAAUAAAGCUGGACAUAAAUGGACAUCAAAAAUCGAUGAUUUUUUUCCAUAUGCACACCAUCCACAUGGUUUUUGGACUGGUUAUUUUACAUCACGAGCAGCACUGAAACGUUUUGAACGUCAUUCAAAUAAUAUAUUACAGGCAGCAAGACAAUUAAAUGCUUAUGCGGCCAUUAACAAUCAGGCUAAUCUGUUCUUUUUAAAUGAAGCUUUGGGAAUAGCACAACAUCACGAUGCGGUUAGUGGAACAGAAAAACAGCAUGUGGCAGAUGAUUACGCUAUGCGAUUGGCAUAUGGCAUUGACAAGGCUUUUGAAGUAAUAAAUGCUUCAUUAACUAAAUUAAUGACUAAACCAGAAAAAUCAACACCAACUGCACCACAAUUUUUGUGCCAAUAUUUGAAUAUUAGCGAGUGUUUACCAAUAGAAAAUCAAGAACGGUUUACAUUAACAUUAUAUAAUCCGACAGUUCAUCCACGAAUACAUUUUGCUCGUGUACCAGUCACUCGUGAUUAUACAAUUAGAGAUCCAGAUGGUCAAGUUAUAAUGACAAAUUUAUUAAAAAUUCCAAAAGCAACAUAUUCUAUACCUGGACGAAAAAGUUUUGCCGAAUUUGAAUUAGUAUUCAAAACUGUUUUACCAGCAUUGGGCUUUAACACAUAUUAUUUCGAAGUAAACGCUGAAAAAGAAUCAUUACUUUAUAAAUUAGUUGAAAACAACGAAAUAUCAAAAAAUAAUGCAUGUACCCUGCAGAAUCAAAGGGUUCGUGUUGAUUUUGAUGAAUCCGGAAACUUAAAGCAGAUAACAAAUUUGGACAAAAGUAUCACUGUUCCGAUGAAACAAGACUUUUUUUAUUAUGAAGGUCUUUAUCUAUAUUACUUAGCUUUUAUCAUUUUUGUAAAUAAUCGUUUAUUUUUAGCUUUUCCUGGUAAUAAUACAAAAUCCGAAUUUCAAGCAUCCGGUGCUUACAUUUUUCGUCCUCAAAGUGAAGAAUCAUAUUCUGUUAGUGAUACACGUACAAUAACUUGUGUGAAAACUGAAAAUGUUCAAACAGCACAAAUAAUUCAUAAUAGUUGGGUUAGUCAACAAAUUACCAUUCACGAUGGACAACCAUUUGUUGAAGUAGAAUGGACAAUUGGUCCGAUUAAUAUUAAAGAUUCCGUCGGAAAAGAAAUAAUUGUACGUUAUGAUACAGAUAUUAAAAGUAAUAAAAAAUAUUAUACAGAUGCAAAUGGUCGAGAAAUACUUGAACGUGUACGAGAUUAUCGUCCAACAUGGAAUUAUACUGUAGCUGAGCCAGUUAGCGGCAAUUAUUAUCCUAUUAAUAGUAGAAUCUAUAUCAAAGAACCCAAUAGACAAUUAACGAUAUUGACAGAUCGUUCAGAAGGUGGUGGGAGUAUCGAAGAUGGAUCUAUCGAAAUUUUAAUUCAUCGUCGUACGUUGUACGAUGACGCUUUAGGUGUCGGUGAACCACUCAAUGAAACAGCUUAUGGUACUGGUCUUGUUGUUCGUGGUCGACAUUGGUUAAUUGUUGAAAAUCCUGACAGUAGUGCAUUAUUUCAUCGUAUUGGUGCACAACAGAUUUAUAUGGCUCCAAUAGCAACAUUCUCUCUAGUCAAAUCAACAUUCAAAGAUUAUUCGGAAAAUUAUUAUACAACAUGGUCAGCAUUAAACGAAGUAUUACCGUUGAAUGUUCAUUUAUUAACAUUUGAUUUACAAGAAAUAACAGCUGACAAUGUGGCAAAAUAUUUAAUACGUGUAGAACAUUAUUUUGAAAAUAAUGAAGAUCCAGAUUAUUCGCAACCAGUGAUAAUCGAUUUGCAAGCACUAUUUACACAAGGGCAAAUUGUUGAUAUGGUUGAAUUAACAUUAGGUGCUAAUUUAGAGUUGAAAGAUUUGAGUCGUUUGGAAUGGGUAACAGUUGAUGGUGAGACGUCUAAACGCUCACCAUUUAAAAAAUGUAAGUUUCAUCUGAAAACAGAAACUAAUGAUUUUGAAUUUUAA